AAACCAACCUAAAUUCUUGAAUUUUUUUCUUUAAAAGAAAUAAUAAUUACACUAAUUUUAAAACUUUCUUUCUUUUUUGAUUCAUUUGCAUUGCAUGCACUACUAUCAUCGUUCUCUGAGAAUUCCAAUCAUGUCUAGUACAUUCAAGAUCACCAAAAGACACCACAAACACUUAAACAAUCCUUUCCCUUCUUCCUUAGCUUCUCUCCCUUUCAUCCAUGGAAGCUUAUUCUUCACUUCCUUAUCUCUUCCUUCUGACCAUGUUUACUCAAUCGGGAAGGAUUUUCAGCUCCGUUGGAGCUCCAACAAUGGUGGGUCUUUCUCGAUAUUCCAUCAGUCUCAGCCCACGAAGCCCAUAUGGUCGACCAUCCCAGGUCGAGCUUUUGUCUCUGGAGCAAUGGUGGAUACAGAGGUUGAAGAAAGCAGGGGAUCUUUUCUUAUCAAAGAUACUGAUGUUCACUUGGUGUGUAAUCACCAGACCGUACAAAAUAUCCAGGUGAUCAAUCGAUUUGAGGAUUAUCUACAUUUAGCUGGUCAAGAUCAUAAUUUUCCAUCUGGGUAUUCGGGAUUUCACCUCGAGAAAGAUAACCAAUUUCCAGUUUUGAUAGUUUCGGGAUGGGUUUUCAGUAUGAACAAGAAAAAGAAGACCGGUAUUUAUGAAAACUUGGAUUUUGAUCCUAAAGGACCGACUAUUUGUGCAAAGUAUUGGGUUUUGUUUGAUCAGAAAAAUGACGAUCAAAUUGGGUUUCAAGUGAAACUUGGAGAAGCAAACUUUGAGUUUCAGUCAGUAGCUUCUUCUUCUUCUUCUCCAAGUAUUGAAAGAAGAUACAAGGGUUUUAGUAGAAGACUGGGCCAUUUUAGAAGAUUGAAGAUUGGGUUAUACUGGUCAUUUUUCAAGCCAAGAAAGAUUGUCAUGGUUGGAUCCUCAUCAGAGGAAGAAUUGGAGGAAAUAAAGGCCAAAGAAACCAAAGAGUUGAACAGGGUUUUCUUUACCUAUUCGAGUGAAAGCAGUGAGAGAUUUUAUGGGUUCGGAGAGCAGUUCUCUCUCAUGAAUUUUAAAGGGAAAAGGGUCCCCAUUUUAGUUCAAGAACAAGGUAUUGGGAGAGGAGAUCAGCCCAUUACUUUUGCAGCUAAUUUGAUCAGUUACAGGGCGGGAGGAGACUGGUCAACCACUUAUGCUCCCUCUCCAUUCUAUAUGACUUCAAAAAUGAGGUCCCUUUACCUUGAAGGAUAUGAGUAUUCUAUAUUUGAUCUGACAAAGCCAGACAAAGUUCAGAUACAGAUACAUGGGAAUUCAGUACAAGGACGGAUAUUGCAUGGUAACACUCCUUUAGAGCUCAUUGAAAGCUUCACUGGAACCAUUGGAAGACCUCCUCAGCUUCCUGAGUGGAUAAUAUCUGGAGCUGUUGUUGGAAUGCAGGGCGGCACAGAAAUGGUGCGCCGAGUUUGGGAUCAACUCAGAGAAUAUGAUGUUCCGAUUUCAGCAUUCUGGUUGCAGGAUUGGGUGGGCCAGAGGGAGACAAUCAUUGGAUCCCAACUAUGGUGGAAUUGGGAAGUGGAUGCAACAAGGUACUCUGGAUGGCAAGAACUACUCAAUGAUCUUAGUGCUAAGCACAUCAAAGUGAUGACAUACUGCAACCCUUGUCUAGCUCCGACUCAUGACAAGCCAAACAAAAGGAGAAACCUCUUUGAGCAAGCAAAAAAGCUGGACAUACUUGUAAAAGACAAAAAUGGUGAACCUUACAUGGUCCCUAAUACAGCUUUUGAUGUUGGAAUGUUGGAUUUGACUCACCCAGACACGGCAAGUUGGUUCAAGCAUAUUCUACAAGACAUGGUGGAUGAUGGUGUUGGAGGAUGGAUGGCUGACUUUGGUGAAGGCUUACCGGUCGAUUGCACCCUUUAUUCAGGAGAAGAUCCCAUAUCUGCGCAUAACAGAUAUCCAGAACUAUGGGCCCAGAUAAACAGAGAGUUUGUAGAAGAAUGGAAAAGUAACCGUGUGGGUAAGGAGAAAGAAGAUCCGGAAGAAGCAUUGGUCUUUUUCAUGAGAGCUGGCUUCAGAAAUAGUCCAAAAUGGAGCAUGCUGUUUUGGGAAGGGGAUCAGAUGGUAAGUUGGCAGACCAACGACGGGAUAAAGAGUUCUGUUGUUGGUCUUCUCAGCAGUGGGAUUUCUGGCUAUGCUUUCAACCACAGUGAUAUUGGAGGGUACUGUGCUGUAAACUUUCCUUUUGUCACAUAUCGGAGAAGUGAAGAGUUGCUAUUUCGAUGGAUGGAGCUAAAUGCUUUCACAACUGUUUUCCGGACACAUGAAGGAAACAAACCAUCAUGCAACAGCCAAUUCUACUCGAACUAUCGAACUUUAUCACACUUUGCGCGUUUUGCUAAAGUUUACAAAGCAUGGAAGUUCUACAGAAUCCAACUUGUAAAGGAAGCAUCUUUAAAGGGUCUCCCUGUGGUACGCCACCUAUUACUUCACUACCAAAAUGAUGAACAUGUGCAUAGCUUGACUUACCAGCAAUUCUUGAUCGGCACUGAGAUUCUUGUGGUACCUGUUUUAGACAAAGGAAAGAAUAGUGUCAAAGCAUAUUUUCCAAUUGGAGAAACCUGUACUUGGCAGCAUAUAUGGACUAGAGAAAUAUUUACAAGACAAGGUUAUGAAGCCAGUGUAGAUGCUCCUAUUGGCUAUCCUGCUGUAUUUGUUAAGUCUGGUUCUUCGGUUGGAGAAACCUUUCUUGAAAACUUAAGAGAGCUCAAAAUUCUGUAAGAAAUCAAUCCUCAAAGAGAGCAAUUGUUUUAUUCUGUUUAAUGUGCUAAUGGAAUCUAAUUUCACAUAGAAAUAUAUCUUUAUGGUAAUAACAUAACUCAUAAGUAAUACUUAUGAGGCUUUCAAGCUCUCAAGUGGUGACUUAAGUCACCUCUUGCGUGGGUUUA